AAGACUGACUCCACAGAAUUUUACCCCUACUCUGCCACUGGUGUCAUGCAUGUAGAUGCUGGCCGCACCCUGCAAAUGUUCUGCCCUGGGGAAUUCAAAGUCAAGGCCACCAAACUAAUUACUGCCACCUGUGUGGGCGGUACCACCUUCAAGGUUGACGGCACUAGUUAUGCUUUCUCCGAAUUGGUUUGCAAAUCAUGGCCUGGCUUUGUUGCCAAGAAGAAGGGAAGUUCCUGCAAUGGCGGCAUUUUGGUCGGCGUUGGCUUUGAGGUUUCCUCCAGCCGUUUUGCUGAACAAAUGGAAAUUUGCUACAACGAACAAGAAGAAGUCACCCGUUAUGUACGCCAUAAGUUGGGACCAGGCAGCAACUACUACCAGACCGGUGUUGAUCGUAUCACCUUCCAAACAGCUGGCUUUUUCAAUGGAAAGAAUGUCGACAAGCUCUACACCCAAUCCACUCAAAUCGAAACUAUCAACUCCGAAUUAGGAGGCGAUGCUCAGAAAUAUUUCGACACCUCUAAGAACAUUUUCUUGGCCCGCGGUCAUAUGGGCGCCAAGGCUGACUUUAUGUACGGUACCCAACAACGUGCCACUUUCUUGUUCAUCAAUGCUGCUCCCCAAUGGCAAGUUUUUAAUGCUGGCAACUGGGCUCGUGUAGAAGAUGGUGUUCGUGCUUGGGUGAGCAAAAACUCCAAGAACGUAGACUGCUAUACCGGUGUCUAUGGUGUCACCACCCUGCCCAACAAACACGGUGUGCAGACCCCAUUGUAUUUGGCCUAUGACUCCAACCACAACGGUCUUAUCCCCGUACCUAAGCUGUACUUCCGUGUGGUUAUUGAGCCCUCCACCCGGAAGGGCAUCGUCUUCGUUGGCGUCAACAAUCCUCACUUGAGUUUGGAAGAAAUCAAGAGGGACUACAUCAUAUGCAACGACGUCAGUGACAAGGUCAACUACAUUAGCUGGAAGAAGACAGACAUCACCGCUGGUUACUCCUAUGCCUGUGAAGUUGCCGAUUUCAUGCGGACUGUUAAACAUUUGCCAGCUCUCAGCGCCCCAGGCGGUCUGCUUGUCUAAG